GUCACAUGCUGCAGCAGACUGCCCUGGUGCUAGUCAAUGUAAUGGCCCAAUGAGAAACAAUGACAGCAGGACAUGUCAGAAUGUUUGGUCACCCUCUAUGUCACGUCAACAAAAGAGUGAGCAAUCGAAUGUGACAGACAAUCUCUGACACUGAUAACUUUAGAGAGCAACAAUGGAGCUGGGAAUCAGCUAAAUCGGACUUAAAGGGAAAUGGCGUACAUCCGCCAUUGCUGCUUCUUCUUCGUCUUCUUCCCCCAUACACAAACACAGGCUCAUCGAUGACGUAGGACACAGUCUCCCUACCACUCAUGCACUCCGGUUAACGACUCGUCGGUGUGAUUGUAUUUCCAGUCAAGACAAAGUUUUUCCAACAGUUUUCACGGGGGAAAACGUUAAUGUGAACAAUAGUUGUGUUUUUGGACAUUAUAACAUUUUCAUUCACUUCUAUUUGAGCGUCAAGAGCACCGAAAGCACCCGGAUGGACUGUCAUGGCCGCCGUCGCUGUGGUUCCACAGUGAGGAGAAAAGGAAGACAAAUGUUCCUGUUGAGUGUUUUUUCCGGCGCCACAUUCUCCUUAUAGUAUUCGCCGUCAACUGGACCAAGCCUGAACUUCCAUCAAGUUUCUAAUAAUCUGUCAUCCUCAGAGAAACUCAACUUGGUGUUCAUGUUUACCCCUGCUUAUGUCAGAAAUUGCUAAAUUCACGACUAUGGACGAAGACCUUAAAAUACCCAACAAUUCUGCCAAAAAUGACAGUAAGUCAGUUGGAGCGGAUGUCAAGGACUCUGUGAAUUUCAAGGAGGGAACACUCCAUAGUCAUACCACUCCAGAUGGAUCUUCUGUCAAGAGACAUGGCUCCACCACAAGAGCAAAUUGUAAAAUUCAGCAAGGGGCUGUUUUUUCCGGAAACAUUUUAAGCUUUGGCUGUUCAGUGUGCAAGGACGAUUCUACAUACAGUCCUAACGAUCUUCUUAAACAUUUCCGAGCAGUCCACAAUGGAAUCUUGCCCACUUACCCUUGUGAUUUGUGUUGCUUUGUUACACAUGAAUUCGCUGCUCUUCAACGCCACCGCAUUGAGCACAAAAAUACCUUGGUCACAUGCGAGCUCUGCUGUGAUGGUGUUCAAUAUUCCCUGCUGUUACUGACUAGACAUUACAUUAUGUGCCACAGUCUUAAUGGACAGUUUUACUGUGACUGGUGUGAGUUUACGACUGUGGAUGCUGGGACAUUUGUCCAACAUAUCCAUCAUCACAAUGAGAGUCCCUGGAAAUGUUCCAAGUGCAGACACGUUAGCUUGAAUGAAGUGGACCACCAAAAGCAUCUAAAAAUUCACACAAUUUCAUUCCCCUUCAUUUGUCAAGUGUGUGGAUAUCGCGCGACAACCAUGAAGCAGCUUCAAAGACACACCGUCGCUUCUCACAAAAAUGACUCCGAGCGAACAAAUCAAUGGAAGACAUCACCGGAUGGAGCCGCUUCCCCGUAUUCUUCUUCAAGCAGCAAACCUUUGCUUAAAAAGAGUUGUCAAAUGCAGGAGGCACAAAUGAUAUCGAAAUUGUGUGGUGUGACUAGGAUCCUACCACACCACAAUGGUACACCGAAACCAGAGACAUUUAUGCAAGCAUCCCACCGAAUUGUUGCACGGACACCGGGGAAAAGGGACGAUUCUGGCAAAGGCUCUCUUACUGCGGAGAAACCCACUACUGUAAUGUUGCGGCAAAAUGACAGAUCUGCAUCUCCAACUAAUCCUAAUGCACUGACCGUUCUAAGGGUCAAGAAUAAAAUAUCCCUUCCCCCAAACUGUACCACCAAAGUCAUGGGUUUUAAGAUGGUUGAUGGGAAAAAACAUAUAGUUCUCAAAGUAAUACCAACACUAAAAGAAGACACCCAUCAAGAUGAUUCGUCAGUUGAAAGUGCGGACUCUUCAACGACUAAUUCUGCGUUUGAUAAAAGUGAUGACUUUUUUGAGAAGGGACAUUCCUUGACUGGUAAAAGCUCAGCAUCGCAUAGCUCUACCUUUUCACCAGUAAGUGGACCUUCUAUUCCAAGUGAAGAUAUCAUGACCGUUAAGGUUAAAAUUGAGGAUGAGGAAACCAACGUGGAUACUACACUGCUUACUGAAGAUUUGGGGGAACAAGAUGGCGGCUCUGCAAAUGGUUCUUCAGCAUCAAAUCAUGACUCAUUACAUGGAACGUCGAAUGAUGUCAACCAGAAUUCCCAAAGCAAGAUGGCUUGCUCGGAAAUUCAUUUGUUGGACAGAAAGUCAACCUCUUGCACCAUAUCUGGAAGUGGAUCACAAGGCUCUGAUACCUGUGCUGGCCAGUUCACAGAUGAUCCUUUGAAUGUUUCUCAGGAAAUAUUGAAUAAUGAACCAACCUCCAGUAAUAUUGAGACUUGCGGGGCUGAACAUGAGCAAGUAAUUCCUCAGACAGGAAAAGGAAAGCUUGUUGACGAACACAAAAAUACCUCUUCUUUCAAUAUUACAGAACUUUCUGACCAAUUUGCAGAAAGCAUUGUGAGUAUCAAGAGUACAUACCCAAGCGGCAACCAAAACUGUCAGAAACAAUUGGCUAAUUUAGCUUCGCCGUCAGAAAUGGCCUCAUUGACUUCACAUGAAGAAAGUGCCACGCUCGCACAAAGUUCUCUUAACCAGAAAGUAUUUGCUUUUCACAACUAUUCCAAAGAAGCCCUCAGUACUUCACUCAGUACAUGUCAGAAAGAUGGCAGCAUGUCUGAAGUUACAGCAGACAAAGGCAGGUUUAGCUUGGCUUCAGAGUCUUCAGAAACCUUCGAGGAUGGUGACGACUUUGGAGCCGAUGCAGAUGAGUGUGAAAACUCCGAGUUGGUGCUAAAAGAUUUUAACGUUAUUAAAAUUGAGGAGGAUCUCAUUCCCAUAUCUUCUCCGACAAAAAGUACUUUGUCUGCUUUGGGUAGUUUUGUGAAACAACACUCGGAUGCAAUCAUUUCACAACAACUCAAUAAGGAAAGAGUUGAAUCUUCAAAUGUAUGCAAUGACUCCUCCAAACAAAGAAAAGCUACUCCGCAAAAUGUUCAAAUGCAGGACAGUAUGCAGCAAGUGCUCUUGAGCAACAAUGAUCGUUUUGCCAUGCCAGUACAGCUCAAGACCACUACAGGUUUUAAGCUAAUUACCAAUUGUGUAAAUCCUCAAAUCAAUGUAUCUUACAUGAAAUCUGGGUUUUCAAGCUCGAGCAGUUCUACCGGUGAAACUGUUUCUCCACAGAGACAAAUGAUAGGAACUUUGAAGGCAGGAGCUAAUGAAAAAGGGACAGGACUGAUUUCUGCUCUCCAAACUGGUGUUGGUGCCUCUCCAAAUCAUUACCUCAUUAAUAGCCCAAGUUCAGAAAGUCCUGUCCCUUCAGACAAAUCGGGUCAUACCCAACCAACUUGUUACUUUCUUCCAAGGUCAGUUCCAUUUGUUCAGGCCACAAAAAGCUCUGGCCUCAAACUCGCAAACGCUAAACUCCCGCAGAAUUCCAGAUCAGUUCUGGCUAUGCCCGUAAGCUCUGCUUAUAAACCUAUCAAUUCGCAUAACGGGCGGCAAGCAUUUUUGCUACGGUGCAUUUCUCAGUCAAAAUCGAGCGUACUUGUCAAUCAGCAACAGACUCAGUCGUGUCAAACCAAUGAAAAACGUGGAAACAAAGUUGUUUUUAAAAUUGUCAGCCCAACAACAAGCCUUCUUAAAAGAGGCACCCCCAGCUCAAAUUGUCAACCUUUUCUUUUGGCCACCACCCCCCCAAAUCCUUGUUUUAUUAUGCCAUCAAACAAAACAAAUGCCUCAGAGAGUCUAAGAAAGACCAUUACCAUGCCAAAUCCAACAGACGACACAGUCGAGGACUUACCCACGGAGUUGAUGGCAGGGGUGAAAUCAAGUGAAGCAGACAAGCCUAUUCUAGCGCCAAGGUCAAUCCGACCUCCAAGUCAAAGGAAAAGACGCAGAAAAACAUUAUUUGAUGAGCUUCCAGCAACAGGACAUAAAGCAAGAAGACUUACAAACAACGUACAAACUGAGACAGACGCAACGGUGUUGUGGAAUCCUAUAGCAAAAGCAGUCGAAAGAACCUUAAGACUUGCCCCAUUCAAUUGUCGACAGGAAAUCAUAUGCCCUCGUCGAUAUCAACCUGUUGUGGUGCUAAAUCAUCCGGAUGCCGACAUUCCCGAAGUGACCAAUAUUAUGAAGGUCAUCAACCGACAUAGGGGCGCCGUCGCAAAGGUAUCCCUGUCGCGGAAAACGGUCAAAGUACUCUCUGAACUUCAUGCUCAAGAGCAGAAAACCUUGACCAGUGACGCAGUGGUGCGAAGCAGCGAUCCAAGACCAAUCGAGAGUCUUGUUCGGGAGCGCUUCCUUCUCAAACUGAAGCUCAAGAAAAAAAGCAAAAAGAAGUACGAAGUCGUGGAACCCUCAAGUUGUCAACAAAAACCUGCAAUGUUUGACUGUUGGUUCUGUGGUCGCCUGUUCAACAGCCAAGAAGAUUGGAUCGGCCAUGGUCAACGACAUCUCAUGGAGGCAACGAGAGAUUGGAAUAAACUUUUUUGAGACUUUACUAUGACCUUUUGGACAAGUGGCAUAGAAAAUUAAUGGACCUUUUUAAUGAGCGAAAAAUUCUAUAAGAGAAACCUAAUACUUAUAAAACUGUUGUAUGUUUCAUGACCCUUUACUAUGUUGUUUCAUGUAUCUUAAAUUGUUUGAUUUGAAAGUUAUUUAAUUGGUGCUUUUUCAAGAAAACAAUGUUGUGCUAGCAUGAUUCCGUUCAUGCACAGGUCACUCAACUGUGAAUAUGGUACACUGUAAUUUAUAAAGUUUUGGUAAAAAGCACUGGCUAAAAGAAAUUGUAAGGGGCAUUGUUGUCAUUUCUCAGGUCUGCCUUGUAGAUUUUGCUCAAAUUCAUAACUGUAGUCAUUGUUAAAAUACUUUAUACUUUAUAUUACCAUACAAUAUUUGUUUGCGUAUCUUAACUCGACUGGCCAUAUAAGUAGUUUACAGUUUCUUUGUCAUGGUAUUCUUUUGCAGAUAGACCACUUUCAGCGACAAAAAGUACAUCUUACAGGGACGGUUACUCGUACUUGAAUACAAAAACCAAUUGUACACUCUAUGCAGUUUUUCCACAAAGAUGAAAUACCAAACUCUGUUGUCAACCACUCAGGGUCUUGUUUGUUCGUUCUUGUUCUUAGGAACAGAAAAUGUUUGCUUGUACAAUCCAUCAAUGGUAUUCGUCCAUUUUGUUUAUCUGGUAUGCAAAAAUGAUACUGUUUGUUUGGGGAGUGUUUUGGUUUUUUUUUUUUAAAUAUUUUUACACACAGGCAGGUGACAAGUCACACAUUUUCAGGGUUCGUACACAUCCUUGAAAGCCUGAAAAAAUGACUUUUUCAGUUAUUGGGAAAAUGACGGCAAGUGAGGCAGAGCCUGUCAUGAUUAAAAAAAAUGACAUACAUAUAUACAUACAUGUCCUAAAAACCUAAUAUAUACCUAAAAUAUAUGUCAAUUGAACUGUAUUUUAAAUGUAUUUUCUGUAUUACCUCAAUAGAUUACAACAUUUUCUUAAAUAAAAAUAGCAGAAUUUGCACAUUUCCUGGAUCGGGCGGCUAGCAGUUUCUAUUGGUUGUCUUGACAGUCAGUAGAAACUUUGAGAACAUAUUUUUCAACAUUUUUAUUUUGAAGCCCUAAACUGGAUUUUCCUCCUACAAAUUUUUGUGUAAAAUAUUAGCAUACCGAAACAAAAAGCUAACAUUUGAAGAAUAAUUUAAAAACAAAAGCACUUAACCGAUAAUGUCAUCUACCAAACGCAAAGUCAGUACCGGGUCGACGCACAGUGGGGUUCCCCAUCCGGGUGGUGUCCCUGUCGGGUUUUUCCGAUGCUGUCCGACUGGUAUGGUGAAAACGGUCACGCCCUGGCCACGGUCAAUCGUCAAAGUCACUGAUCGUGGGCGUUCUCCAUCAUACCCAAGUACCUUGACACGUUCCCGUGAUAGAUGUGGCGUGAUGCCGUACUGUAUACUCGUAUACCCAUUCAUAAUUAACAUUGUUUUAAAGUUAAUAUCUCAUUUUUAAGGUGUGCCGACUUUUAUUUUGUUGUGGCGGUGCUAUACUCGUUUGUAAUUAUGUUCUCCAUUGUUGUUUUUUUAUAAAGCAGAUUGCAAUUUUGGUCUCAACUCCUUUAGAUAAAUGACAGAAUACACGAGACAAAAGAUGUUUACACUGAUUAUCACAAAGAUUUUAGUUGAAUUAAUUAAUUUGACUGCCAAUGCCAACAUGGAAGAUUAAUAUCCAAGCUAAACAGGAGGUAAUCAAACGUUUACAACAAGUGUGAGAGGAAUUCGGUGAGGCCAUGGGGCAUGACUUUCAGUUGGCCUUGAUGAGGUUCUAGCAAACUGUCCACCGGUCCACACUGUCUACAGAGGGGACAGGGUCCUGCUGACCUCCUCGACCGAGGAUGUAGUCGGACAUUGCAAGGAAUACUCAGAGACCCUUCUCAAUCCUACUGACAUGCCUUCCAAAGAGGAAGCAGAGUCACACGGACAGUUCCAUUACCGUGGUUUAGGUUUCUGUGGUGGUCAAAAUGCUCCUCGGUGGAGAGCACUUGUUUGCGUACCGGUUGAUCAUGUGUUACUCAGAGGAGGGCAUUUAAAUGCAAGCUGUAGUGGCUUGCAUCCUCUGCGUCUUCUCCGCUGGAAUUGUUGUUUGUGCCGCGGCCACCUGACGCAAGUACUGGUGUGCCUUUUUGUGGGUGAGUUUUGAGAUCUUCCCUGUCCUGCUUGGCAUCCAUAGAGGUUCCCUUUCUCUUUUUAGCUCCACUGUGCCUCCUGUAGUCACUAUCGGCGUUUGGUGCUUGGGUAGGCAGCAGACCCCCCCC